AUGAAGUUGAGCAUUCUUAGCAUUUUUGCGGUAUUGGCUAUAAUAGCCAUCCAACAGUCUUGGGCCCAGGACACCACUGCGGCUUCAACCGACACCACUGCAGCUUCAACAGACACAACUACAGCUGCCAGUACAGAUACUACAACAGCUGCAUCAUCAUCCGACACUACUACCGCCGCAAGCAGUAGCAGCAGCGGUGGCAACACCAACAACAACCGAAAUGUAAGCAAUAAUAACAACAAGAAUAAUGUCAAAGUUGGAGGUGGCAAGAGGAGGAGGAGGAGAACUAGAAGGAGACGUACCACUAAAACAAGAAGAGCAAAUAGAGGUUAA